AUGUGUGUGUUGUACACUUCACAGUCUAGGAUUGGCAACUGGAGUGUGGAGGUGGGUUGCAGUGUCCUGUCUGGGCCCCGGGGGUCCGGUCUCCAGGUGCAGGCCAGACUGGACGGCAGUGAGAAGAUCUGGCUUAACGGGACGGCAGAGGGACCAUGUCUGCAGAGCGCAGCGGGUUAUAUGAACGGUGUGAGCGAGGACGUCACAGUUGUGGCGUGUGUGGGAACAAAUGGCAGUGUGACGCUGGAUGUGCAGAAACGAGACGGCAGCAGCACAGACCCUGAGACUCUGGGAAGUGUGUGUGUGGGAGCAGCCAAUCAGAGGCUGAGGCUGAGAGCAGGAGGCUGUUUGGAAAGUCUGACAGCAGUGGAGGAACGGAUUCAAUAUCUAAGCACUCGCAUACAGACCAAGCUGCUGGAAAGAGUCAAGACGUUACAGCAUCUCCUCGUGGAAUUCAGACGGCAGUCCAGGGACAGCGAGUUGCUUCAGGAGCUGAGUGCUGUUCCGCUUCAUGUUUCCCAGCAUGCUCAGGCUCUGCUGCAGCACAAACAGGGGGGUCUGCUGGCUCUGUGGCAGCACAGCCCCCUGCGCCGCCUCUUGACCGACAGCCUGCCGCGCCUCCUCAGCCUGCUGCAGCACGCCUCUCUGCUGGGACAACAGGAACUGAGGAGGCCCCUGGCCACUCUGGCAGGUGUGUACCAAGAUGUGAAGGGCCAGAGGGUGGAGGCGCUGUGGAGGGAGGCUGUUUCUCUGUGGACUGACGGGCUGAUGCAUGUCCUCCCUGUGCUGAUUGGGAACCCUCAGCUGAGGCCCCUGGCUCAGGCCGGGGUCACCACGCUCAGCGCCGCCCUGGAUGUGGCAGGAAAGCAUGCCAACCACUGGGUGGAGACCAGGCUGGCGAUGGCUCUGUCUGGGGUCAGGAAACGCCUGGCCUCUGCCUACAAAUUCUCCCCCAGUGAGUGUUCGGUGGUUGUGUCAGUGCCGCUGCCACCGCUCCCCUGGUCCAGGGUGUCCGAGGCUGGACUGGUAGAAAUCCUUCUGGAGGAGUGGCUCCUGAGACCCCUGCAGACCCUCGCCACAGUCAGGCCCACAGCUGAACUUUACCGUCUCAAAAGGAAGAUGAUAGACAGCCCGUUUAAACACCAAGCUCUGUUGGUGGCGGAUCAGUUUGUGGUGACAUUUGAUGGUCAUCUGUAUGAGCUCCCCCCCUCCUGUGCACUGCUCCUUGCUCAAGACGUCAGUGCUGAGCCUUCAUUCACACUGCUGCGCAAUACAGACUUCCUUCUCAUAGAAAUGAAUAACAGCACCGUCACCAUUCAGCACAAUGGACAGGUGAAGGCCAAUUGCAACCACGAUGUUACGCGCACAUUUCACAGUGACAAUGGAGUAACUGUCAGAAGAGGGUCAAACAUUGUGCAGAUGUCCAAUCAGAAUGGGGCGUCAGUGUCAUGUGACCUGUUGCUUGAGCUGUGCAGCUUCACUCUCGAUGGAUGGUUGCAUGGUGUGUCCACUGGUCUGUUGGGAACGAAUGACAAUGAAUCCGGGAACGAUUUUCCUUUGCUUGAUGGUUCUCAGGCUGAACAUUUGGAGGAGUUCUUCCAUAGUUGGCAGAUGAAUCUGGAUUGUAUUAAAGAUCCAGGUGUAAAAGAGCACCUCCCUCAAGCAGCCACUGGCCCUCCCAGCUGUGACUCUUUGUUCUCCUCUCCUGAUUCCCCGCUGAGCUCCUGUUUCAGGGUGGUGGAUCCCAGUCGGUUCUGGUCGGUGUGUAAACUGAGCUCCUGGAGAGCACCCUGUAGAUUAGCAUCUGCUUUUGUUCAUCUCUGCCGGCAGAACUACAUACCUCUGGAGGUCCCAGUCCACUGCUUGAAAGCCUGACCGGACGCGCUGAUGAAGAGUGAACAUGGCGGAUUUGUGAUAUCUGUUAGCUGCUAAAACUGACACAUUUAUACUUUUAUACCACUGUUUGUGCUACAUUACUUAUAUUUUGUAUUGCAUUUUGUUCUUAAUUGUAUAUUUACACAUUGUUAUACCUCACUAUUUAGACAUCCAGAUAUUGGGCCAGGAACGUGAAUGUGAACAUACUAUAACUACAGCAAGUUUAUUAUUAAUCACAAGGCCUCAUUUUUUAUAUUAUAUAACUAUUUUACCCCAAAGUAAUUGAUCCUAACAAGCAAACUUGGACUAUGAAGACAUCAACAAAUGUUUUUGAUAAAGUGCAUUACCUGUU